AUGGCCGCUACAUAUGCACUGAUCGCUGUCAGUGAUGAGCAGGGCUUCAAAGUCAACAUUGAAAUUGCAAAAGAGUGCUUCGACCACACUGGAGGUGUUCACAUGAUCCAGGUGAUGUCUGGCUGUGAAUGGGAUGAUGAGACUGACGAGGGUGACGGUUGGAAUCACCACAGUUAUGAUGGAGAAGACUUCCUAUCAUUGGACGUGAAGACAAUGACGUGGAUCCCAGCUAAACAACAAGCUUUCAUCACCAAGCACAAGUGGGCUCGAAAUGAAUACCUAAAUUAUUACUACACUGAGUAUUGUCCUUCUUAUUUGAAGAAGCAUGUGACCAAUGGGGGGGACUUCCUCAUGAGAACAGUGUUUCCCAAGGUGUCGCUCCUGCAGAAGAGACCGUCGUCGCCGGUCACCUGCCACGCAACAGGUUUCUACCCCUUCAAACUGAACCGAACUGUGAGGCAGACGCUCUAA